GAACGAAAAGUUUUCCUGCGCCACACUUGACUCUCUUCGAUUCCUUCACCCUUCUUGCGCGCCCUCCCGACCCCCGAACAUAAGCCACCAAAAACCCUCUCACUUCCGUAUAACAAUAAAGCCCAUUCCAAUCUCCUUUUCCUGGAAUUCCGCUUUGGCGGUUUGGAGGGCGGGGCGAUGGCGAAGAAGCCCCUAAAACUGGACUGGGGCGAGCUGCUCCCCGGCCGGGACGAGCCCCCGCCGCCGGAGGUGGAGGUGGUCGCCGCCACCACGGACGGCGGCGUAGGUGCAGAAGCGGCUCAGGGUGACACGCAGAGGUUGGCAGAGAUCUCCGAUCACGUACUGGAGGACCAGAUCAAGCGGGCGGUGAAGAAUCUUGCCUCGCCGACGAUGGGCAGGCAGCCGGAUCGACGGGAGAAACUGCGGUCCAUGCUCCAGAAGUUGCACGACGAGCGCGACCAAAGGACGCUUGCAAAGAUCGAGAAGGAUAAUGGAGCAUGCAAGAAGGCAAGACAAUGUAAUAUCAAAGAAACAUCUGAUAUGUUUAGUGGGUUCAGCCUGGACACUGCACCAUGUAAACCCCAGUCACAAUUGUCAUUUGCUUUUCAAUCUACUAAAAAGCUUGAAGGCAAGGCGGAUGCUGCAUUUAGCAAGGAAUUGAGUUUCAUUAGCCAAGAGAAGCACAGAAGUUUAAAGGAAAGCGGACAGCAAAUGCACGAGAGGUUUCAGCCACCAAGAAUGUCUUCACAGCGGGCUAAAAGGUCUUUUAAAGACAUCCCUUCCCAGUGCUUUUACAGUGAAGUUAAACAGAGAUUUCCCAAUGGUGAUCAGAAGGACAGAAUCUCCAACUUAUCUUUGCAUGAAGGCCGAACCUUACCCAGGCAUUUCUCUAAGAGGAAGAAAAUUUCUGAAUUUCAGGAUUCAUUGGAUUUGGAGUUUAAGAAGGUUGAAGAUGUGGUUCUUUUGGAUGAUGAAAACAUAGAACCUGUUCAAUCGACACAGGGAGAUACACCUAAUGAAUGGUUCUACCUAUGUUCCAGGAAGGAGAUGAAGAUUUAUUAUCCUUCUAGGGAGGACCCCGAAUGUGUUGAGCUUACUUAUUCGGACAUAAAAUGCCUAAAUCCUGAAUCAUAUUUGUCAUCACCUAUAAUGAACUUUUACAUUCAGUACCUUCAAAGAUCCCUGUCUCAUCUAGGUAGGCCAAGCAGCGACUACUAUAUUUUUAACACAUACUUUUACAAAAAACUUGAGGAAGCUGUGUCUAGCAAGGGUGAUCAUAUUUCAUGUUUCUUGAAGUUGAGGCGAUGGUGGAAAGGUGUAGAUAUAUUUCGAAAGGCGUACAUCUUUUUGCCAGUUCAUGGAGAUCUGCACUGGAGCUUGGUGAUUAUUUGUAUUCCUUCAAAGGAAGAUGAAUCAGGUCCCAUCAUCCUUCACUUCGAUUCACUGGGGCUUCAUCCCAGUAGUCAAAUAUUUGAUACUAUUGGUAGCUACCUAAAAGAAGAAUGGAACUACGUAAAUCAAAAUGCUCCACCAUCAGAUCUUGCUUUUUCAGACUGGAUAUGGAGACAUCUUCCUUGUAGGAUCCAGAAGGAAAGAGUAAAGGUGCCCCAGCAGAAAAAUGAGUAUGACUGUGGCCUCUUUGUGUUAUACUUCAUGGAGCGGUUUAUAAGAGAGGCUCCCAAAAGGCUGAGGAAGGAAGACCUUGACAGGUUUGAUCGCAAGUGGUUUAAACCUGAAGAGGCAUCUGGACUGAGAGAAAGAGUCCAAAAGCUGCUACUUGAAGAAUUUGAGAGUGCUAGGUUGGAGGAUGGAAGAGAAUCAUCCACAUCCUCCGCUAGUUUUGAAAGUGAUAGCAAUUAAUGAGAAUAGUAGUGGACUAGAAUUAGAAAAUUCAGGAACCGCAACAGUUUGUCAUCAGUCAUUUUUCGAAGAAUGCAUAUCAUCACAAAACUGAAGACUCUGAAGCAACUGAACUGGCAGUAAAUAGAUACAGGGGGAGCAAAUUUUUGUUGAAGUCCAUUGGCAACAAUUCUGCAGCUGAAGCAUACCAGCUGGAAGCAUUUUCUAUAUAUCAGAAGGUGAUUAAAGCUAAUAAACCAAGGUGGUUGAAGCAUUAAGAGAAGAUGUGUGGACCUUUUCAUUUGGAAGAUUGGAAAAUCAAUCCAUAGGUAUUUCAGAGUUCUUCACUAGGUAGUUUUCCUCAGCAGGGGAAGUUGCAGGUUACGUGUGGCAGCAAAUACUGAUGAAUUGUGACUUGUCUGCAGUCCUUUCUUGAUCUCAACCAGAUAGUUUGUAGAGGUUGAGCCUUGAUGUAAUGGUAAAGUUGCUUCGUUUUGGCCCAAGUCUUAUGAAUUUGAAACACAAACAGCCUCUCCACAUGCUGGCAUGAUGCUGCAUACAUCUGACCAAUCUCAAACCCCUCCUGCAGUGGACCACCUUUUACCAAAUUGUCUGUACCAAGAAAAUCUUGACAGGUGUAAAGACAUCUAAUGUUGAUAGAGUUAUGAUUGUAGAUUGGAUGUUUAGAAUGGCACCCAAUUUAUAUACUUUAUGACUAAUUCAGUCUUCCGCAAUUGUAUUUUGAGUGUAUGUUAUAUAUUUUCCUUACCAAGAGCAGUCUUUACCUUUUA